CCGCAAUUCUACACCACCGCCACCACCUUCGAAUCCUACAUCACCUCCCAACUCGACUCCUCCCCAACCUACAUCUCCCAGUUCAAAGCCCAAUACGCAUGCCCGGGCUACACGGGCACCGGCCGCCGGUACCACAUCUCCCUCCUCUGCGGUCUACUAGUCGAUUUCGCGAGCACGCAGCAGGGUGCCCGGGCGUGUAAAAGCGCAGGGACGGCCUAUGUCCCGUUGUGUAAAGGCACAGCGGCCGCCGCGGUGGCGAGUUUGCAGGCGUUGUUUGGGAAUGCCGCGGUUUGUCCCGCCGCUGUGGGAGGCGCGGGCGCGACGGUGAGGACGGUGGGGCAGUCGACGGAGAUUUUCGCGUCGAGGUUGAAGAGCGAUACGAACUGUGUCCCAGCCACCGCUGAGGAAUGGGGCAUGUGCGGGUUCUAUUCCGACCCUGAAGCGGCCGCGUACUGCGCCAACCCGACAACAGCCACCGAUGCGUGCUGUGCCGCCCACGCAGCUAAACUCGCAGGUCAACCCAUCGUCGUCCCCACCUCCCUCGGCCCCGCCACUGCCUCCGCUCCCGCUGCCGUACCCUCCCUCGCCAGCACCCCUCCCGGCGUUGCAUCAACCACCCCAGGGGUAACACCGACAAACACAGCCUCCACAGCCAACACCGCCGCGAAAAACACAACCAACGACCCCGCCCUCGGCCCCGGCGCCAUCGCGGGCAUCGUCGCGGGUGUCGCCGCGCUCCUCAUCCUAGCCGUCAUCCUCCGCAUCCUGUACACGUCGCGCAAACAACGCCGCGCGGCCUCAGGCAGAAAGGAUGUCGGGGAACCGAUCCAGAUUGCGCAGACGAUGGAGGUCGUCUACAACUACGUGCCGAAUCUCGUCGACGAGAUCUAUCUCUAUAUCGGCGACCCGGUGAUUGUGAAAUGCAAGUUCGACGACGGGUGGGGGUACGGGUUCAACAUGACGACCAAGCAGGAGGGGUCCUUUCCCUUGGCGUGCGUGGCGCCG